AUGUCGUCUGCAUUCGUCCAGCGCCCUGCUCCGGCCUUCACCGCCACCACCGUCUUCCCCGGCGGCGAGUUCAAAAACAUCUCUCUGUCGGAUUACCUUGGCCAAUGGGUUGUCCUCCUUUUCUAUCCCCUCGACUUUACCUUUGUCUGCCCGACCGAGAUCGUUCAGUACAACGACGCGCUGCCACGCUUCCGCGGCAUCAACACCACCGUCCUCGGCAUCUCCACCGACUCGCACUUCUCCCACCUCGCAUGGACAGCCCAGCCACGCAAGCAGGGUGGCCUCGGCCCGGACCUGCAGCUGCCCCUCGUCGCCGAUAAGUCUCUUCGCAUCUCCCGCAGCUACGGCGUUCUCAUCGAGGAGGAGGGCAUCGCCCUGCGCGGUCUCUUCAUCAUCGAUCCCAAGGGCGUCCUGCGACAGAUCACCGUCAACGACCUCCCCGUCGGACGUGACGUCGAGGAGACGAUCCGCCUCGUGCAGGCUUUCCAGUUCACCGACGAGCACGGCGAGGUGUGCCCGGCUGGUUGGAUGAACGGCAGCAAGGGCAUGAAGCCGGACCCCAAGGGCAGCCUCGAGUACUUUGCUGCCCAGGAGCCGGUGGUGAAUGGAAACGGAGAGGCGAAGAAGAGGGCCAGGCAGGAGUAG